AACUACUUUAAAAGUGGAAAAUGUGCCUUCACAACCACACACCUGUCUUUGGUUUACAAGUAUCGCCUAAUCUAAAAAAAAAAAACAUGGACAAAGAUAAUAACAACAGCGCCAUCUGCAGGCCGGCGGAGUGAUACAUGUUAGCUAAACGUCAAGAUGUUCAGUCCGCCGCUUCACAGGCAGAGACAUCAAUUUGUCAUUGAUUUUGUCAAGAGGAACAAACCUAAAAAGGUGGUGGACCUGGGGUGUAGUGAGUGUAGCCUCCUCCAAAAGCUCAAGUUUCACCGUGAAGUUGAGCUUCUGGUUGGAGUGGACAUCAACGGGACCACAGUCAAGAAAAAGAUGCACAGAUUAGUUCCUAUAUCAACUGACUAUCUGCAGCCAAGUUAUGAUCAGCUGCGCAUUGAGCUGUAUCAGGGCUCAGUCACACAAAAAGACGCCCGACUCAGAGGAUUUGAUCUUGUGACCAGUAUAGAGCUCAUAGAGCACCUCACUCUUGCUGAUGUGAAGAGCUUCUCUGAGGUGGUGUUUGGUUACAUGACCCCAGUAGCGGUUAUCGUCAGCACCCCGAACUCUGAGUUCAACCCCCUUCUCCCCGGACUGGUUGGUUUCAGGCACAGUGACCACAAGUUUGAGUGGACCAGAGCAGAGUUCAGAUCCUGGGCUCUGAAGGUGUGUUUGGAGUUCGGUUAUGAGGUGGAGUUCACCGGUGUUGGACAGGCUCCGUCAGGCCAGCAGGAGGGAGUCGGCUUCUGCUCUCAGAUCGGGGUGUUUCGCCGGCGCGGGGUGAGAGAUGGCUGCAACAUGGUGCUGGGUGACAAUGCAGAGGAUGUUUUUUCAUACACACUGCUGUACAGUAUAAACUUUCCCAGCCUGCGUGACAACAACACCCUGCGGAAGGUGCUGGUGAGCGAGGUGUUGUAUUGGGCAGAAAAGCUAAAGAGUGGAUGGAUGGAGGAGAGAACUGGUGAGGGGAGUGGUGCUUAUUCACUGUGUCAGACUGCGGCAGGAGGAGAGGGAUGUGUCUCAGAGCAAAGCAUGGAGAUGGAAGAGAAGCAAACAGCAUGUGGAGCAGAGAUGAGAAGUCUAGUAGUGCAGUGUGGGAGAAGUGUGUCAGAGGAUCAGGAAGAAGAGGAGGAAGAUGUAUUUUGGAAAAAUAGCCAAAGACAACAAGAUUCUUGCACAUUGCGCAGGUGUGUAUCCGUACCACUGGAUGUACUGUGGUCCUGCUGCCCCAAAAUCAGUGCCUUGACUGGAAGUGUCUGUAAUCUCAGACAUCUACUACUGGAUGAACCCGAAGUUAAACUCAGCCAGGACGGCGCUGCUGUGCUUGUCAAUUACCAGGAACAAGGCACUGACCUUGAAGAAGAGGAGGAUCAUAAUGAUUUGGAGGACAGCGGGUAUGCAGAGGCCAGGCAGGACUCCCACACUGCUGAACAAGAGGAAAACUGGGAGGCAAAUGUUUGAUCUGGAGGAUGGAGCUUUGUUUUCAGGACAAGUAGGUGAUUUGUUUAGAUUUAAUAAGGGAAAUUAGAAGUAACCAAAGGCUUUCCCUGCCUUACAGUGCAAGUUGAACUCACACAUCCCAAGAUGCACUGUUAAACUUUUGGAUUUGUUAGAUGGCUUGUUUGGACUGCAACUUUGUGUUUUGAGUAUGAAUAAAAUGUCUUAAGGUGGGUCAAUGAAGACAGAAUAUCCACUGGCCUCCAAAAUAUCACUGUACAGACUGAAAACCACUUAGAAAAUCCAAAUGUAAAAAUCAC